AUGUCGACAUCAACGGAUAUCACAACAAAUGGCAAUGGGAGGGCGGACCACGAUCAUAUUCUUCGUCCUCGAGCAGUGAAGCCAGGAAAUCCUGGCGUUUUGCGAGCUCAGAUUGAGGAAGGACUUCUAGCAGUCGCGCCAGAGAAUGGUAAUAUAUCUGGACAGACAAGUGGUCGUUCAACACCAGUUCCUGAGGAUGCGCCACCAUCAGUACAUACACUGUCCUCGGCACGCAAACAAUUGAAAGCACAGUCGCGACGAAGGCUCUUUCCAACCAUUGAAUAUGCCUCGAGGGUUUCACAUUUCGAUCCUGCCAGCGAUUAUCAUGACUUCAAAGGGUUCUUCGUCUUGUUUUGGAUUGCGCUCACUAUCAUGGCUAUUACAACGAUGCUGCGGAACAUCAAGGAUACUGGAUAUCCUAUGCGGGUGCAAAUAUGGCAGCUGUUUACUGUGAAGGUUUGGGAGCUUGCUCUCGCAGAUGGGUUAAUGGUUGCGACUACGGCAUUGAGUUUGCCACUUCAUAAAUUAUUUCGAAGCGCGUUAGGACGGAAAUUGGGACUCAGAUGGGCAACUGGGGGGAUGGCAGUGCAGAGUAUUUUUCAGACAAUAUGGUUCCUAUUUUGGGUAGCAGUGCCAUUUCUUCGCGACUGGACGUGGACGUCUCAGGUUUUCCUCACACUUCACACCUUGGUUCUGCUUAUGAAGAUGCACUCCUAUGCUUUCUAUAAUGGUCAUCUAAGCGAGACAGAAAAGAGAUUGCAUGCCUUGGACAACCCUUCGACUGCUUCGAAAGCACCCGCGUAUCAGUAUCCCGCCUCCAAACAGCCACUUGCCGCUGGAAAAGAAGAACAAACAGAAGGGGAGGCUGCCGAUCUUUCUCAAUUACGCGAAGAUCUGGCGAUAGAACUCAUAUCUCCUCUUGGAUCCGUCAUCUAUCCAAAUAAUUUGACAUGGUCCAACUAUACAGACUACCUCUUCUGCCCCACUCUAUGCUACGAAUUGGAAUACCCACGGACAAGUGGCAUAGUAUGGUCGGAGUUGGGCUACAAGAUUCUCGCAGUUUUUGGGGUAAUCUUCCUCUUGACUAUCACAUCUGAAGAAUUCAUUCUUCCGGUCAUGUCCGAAUCUGCCUUGCGUCUCGAAACGGUAGAGUCGGCUUCUGAGACGGCUCUAAUUCUCGCGGAAUCAAUAUCGAUGCUUUUAUGGCCUUUCAUGAUCACGUUUCUCCUCGUGUUUCUUGUCAUAUUCGAAUACGUUUUAGGAGCUUUUGCGGAAAUUACAUGUUUCGCAGAUAGGCAUUUCUAUUCAGACUGGUGGAAUAGUACCGACUGGCUCGAGUUCUCUCGGGAAUGGAAUAUUCCCGUCCACCAUUUCUUCCGGCGCCAUGUCUACAGCGCCUCACGACCCCAUAUCGGCCGUCCUAUGGCUACGCUCAUUACUUUUCUUAUCUCCGCCAUCGGUCACGAGAUCGUAAUGGCUUGUAUCACCAAAAAGCUUCGAGGAUACGGUUUCCUUGCUCAGAUGAGUCAACUCCCCAUCGUAAUGCUGCAACGCACGAAGUGGGUAAAGGGCAAGAAGGUCCUAAACAACGUUUGUUUCUGGUGUUCUAUGAUACUAGGUCUGAGUAUGAUGUGUUCGCUAUACGUCCUGCUCUAA